AUGCCUCGUCAAAUCAACGACAUUAAGCUCUUCUUGGAAAUUGCCCGCAGAAAGGACGCUUCCUCUGCUCGCAUCAAGAAGAACCAGAACAAGGAGAUUAAGUUUAAGCUUCGUUGCUCCAAGUACUUGUACACUCUUGUCGUCGCUGAUGCCAAGAAGGCUGAGAAGCUCCGUCAAUCCCUUCCUCCAGGACUUGUCGUUACUGAGGUCUCCAAGAAGGCCAAGUAG